ACAACCAACGACGGGUUAAGUGGACAAUUGAACUCAACGAUGUCCCAUGGGAGCUAUUCGCCCCAGACCUUUGCCCCCGGAAAGAUAAAAAGAGCGAGACGGCGAGCGACGCCGCCGCCGCCGCAUGGAGGCGGGCGACGCGACGCGGUAGCGGGGGACGAGCGACGCGGCCUCAGGGUCCCAUCGAGCGCGCGAGAGGCUCUGCGAGGCGGCACUGUCGCUGUACCGUGAAGCUGAUCCGCCGAGGAAGCAAUCAACCAUCAGUGGAGGAGGGGAUGUAAUCCGAUGAGAUGAUAAUGCAGCUUUCGAACCAAUUGUAGCCUGCUUCAGUGGCCACGUUGGGGGAUCGAUCCCAUUCUUCCAUUCUCAGCAGAAGAUAAUUGAUAUCUGUUUCUGGUUUUGAGGACUCAAAGGUCAUCGACCCUCAUUGACACAUAUGAACCGACCUACCGACCUGUUGCUAACUCUACUUGAUCAUGUACGCCCCUGUAUCACAGGAUUUAUUCAUAUCUAUCCACAUAAGUAAAUGUUCUUAAUUUGUGAGCAGUUCCACUUCUACGUACAGUUCCAUAUCAGAACACAACACACGGUUAUGUCCAUUCUUAAAUACUUGGAACUUUUACAUGCGAAAACCAUAUGAAAUUUACCUGUCAAAACUGUCCAGGAGUGCUCGGAAAGAAAAAUCUUCCAUCCUGAGCUACCGGAAUUUUGGUAUGUUUUGGCUUGCUUCUUCUGUAGGACUUCUCUAGAUGAACUAUAGUCCAAAUCAGCUUAUAGACACAUUUCAGCUAUCAUUAUAUCACUCUGUUUCUUAGGCUACCUUAUUGAUACUUUUCUUACCGGCCAACUUCCUAUUUGUAUCUCUAUAUUCGGGGCUGUGAUGUGUUCUCUUUAUUUUGCAAUACUACACGAAGGUAGCAUACUUGAGUUCAGAUAUGCUACAUGGCAGAAACAGUUAUUUUUCAGUUUUCUGUAGUAAUUAUCAUGAUGAAACAUGCCAUGUUGUUCUCUUAUAUUUGGCUCAAAAUCAAUUGUGGCCAGUCUAAGCUCAUAAUUAUCAUGUACCAUGCUAGGAAGGAUCCAUUCCAGUUGGCAUAUAAACUCCAGUAAAAUGCAAGAGGAAUGAAAUUUUGUUAGUUUUGAUCACCUGUGAGGUUGUUUAAUUGUAGGGUGAAACAAGUUCAUGAUUUUUUUCUAAACCAAGUAACAUAUCAGGUAGGAAGGUGAAUGCUCUAUUGAAUAUUGAUAACCAUACGGGAAAAAAAAAUACUAUGGACUGGUUUUGGGAAAAUGAAUCUGUCUAUCUGGAUUGGUAGGCUUUGACCAAUAUGCCAUGCCUGACUUGAUUUCUCUUACCCAUCUCUUUAGAAGAAACAUUCUUCUAAAAAUUAUAGAAGACCAGCUCCUCGUGAAGAACGAGGAGAUUAAACAUAGAUGGCGGGAGUUCUUCGACACGCUGUUCAAUGGGGAGAAUGAGGGCUAUACCAUUGAACUAGACGACUCCUUUGAUGAUAUCAGUAGGCGCUUGUGCGGCGAAUCUAAGAGUUUGUGGUCAAGGAGGCUUUAAAAAGCAUGAAAGGAGGCAAGGCGAUGGACCCUGAUUGUAUUCCCAUUGAGGUGUGGAGAGGCCUCGGAGACAUAGCGGUAGUAUGGCUAACUAAGCUUUCCAACCUCAUUUUUCGGGCAAACAAGAUGCCAGAAGAACAGAGGCAGAAUAUAUUAGUACCAAUCUUCAAGAACAAGGGGGAUGUUCAAAGUUGUACUAAUCACCGUGGAAUUAAGUUGAUGAGCCAUACAGUGAAGCUAUGGGAGAGAAUCAUUGAGCACCGCUUAAGAAGAAUGGCAAGCGUGACCAAAAAUCAGUUUGGUUUCAUGCCUGGGAGGUCGAACAUGAAGCCAUUUUCUUGGCACGACAACUUAUGAAGGGAUACAUGGAGCAAAAGAAGGACCUGCAUAUGGUGUUCAUUGACUUGGAGAAGGCCAACGAUAAGAUACCGCGGAAUGUCAUGUGGCGGGCCUUGAAGAAACACAAAGUCCCAACAAAGUACAUCACCCUCAUCAAGGACAUGUAUGAUAAUGUUGUGACAAGUGAUCAAACAAGUGUGACGACACUGAUGACUUUCCAAUUAAAAUAGGACUGCAUCAGGGGUCAGCUUUGAGCCCUUGUCUUUUUUGCUUGGGUGAUGUAUGUGGUCACAAGGGAUAUACAAAGAGAUAUCCCAUGGUGUAUGCUCUUUGCGGAUGAUGUGGUGCUAGUCGAUGAUAGUCGGACGGGGGUUAAUAGUAAGUUAGAGCUAUGCAGAUAAACCUUGGAAUCAAAAGGUUUUAGGCUUAGUAGAACUAAAACCGAGUACAUGAGGUGCGGUUUCAGUACUACUCCCUCCGUUCCUAAAUAUUUGUCUUUUUAGAGAUUUUAAAUGGACUACCACAUACGGAUGUAUAUAGACAUAUUUUAGAGUGUAGAUUCACUCAUUUUGCUACGUAUGUAGUCAUUUGUUGAAAUCUCUAGAAAGACAAAUAUUUAGGAACGGAGGGAGUACUAGGCACGAGGAGGAGGUUGUCUAGAUGGGCAGGUGAUACCUCAGAAGGACACCUUCUGAUAUUUGGGGUCAAUGCUGCAAAAGGAUAGGGAUAUCAAUGAAGAUGUCAACACUCAACCAUCGAAUCAAAGCCGGAUGGAUGAAGUGGUGCCAAGCUUCUAGCGUUCUCUGUGACAAGAGAGUGCCACAAAAGCUAAAAGGCAGGUUCUACAGCGGUGAUUCGACAUGCAAUAUUGUAUGGCGUUGAGUGUUGGGCGACUAAAAGGCAUCUACUUGUCAUAUCCUUGCUGACGGUUUCUUGCUCAGAUUUGGGAUCGAGAACGUGAUACUUGGGGAAGAAGAAUAAACCAGAGAGAUAAGGGGUAGGAGGAAAGAAAAUGUGAGCUUAUAUAUAGCUCGUACAUUUUCACACACUCAGCCCACCAGGCUCUCACACUUACAUGGCUGAAAGUCCAAAUGAACAAGACACUCUCAGAUGGCCCACUAGUUAUUCAAACAUUUCCCUUGGCGCCGCUCUUGACCUCCUUCAGAUUCUUCUUCCCAUGUUCUGCAGCUGUCAGGGUGACAUCACUGACAGGUCCUGGCUCUCCAGAACCAACUUGUCCCCUAGCUGGGGCAUUUGGAAACUUCUGAUGUGCAGUCUCAGAAUCUUCCUAAGUUGCAUAAGAGGCAGGCAAACCUUUCCAUUGAAGGAACGCUUGCAGCAGAAAGCAUUACCUUUCUUAACCAAGCGCCGAUCCAAAAUAAGUUCAGGCUGAAGAUCUUCCGUAUCAAGUAACAGAGGUGCUGGUGAAGUGGUAAAGAUAGGAGUGUGGUCAGGGGUCUUUUGUUUCAAUUGAGACGCACGAAACACCGGAUGCACCUGACUACUUGCAGGAACAGCAAGCUGAUAUGCCAUUGGACCUAUUUUCUCCAGAAUUUUGUAGGGACCAAAAUACUUGAAAGCUAGUUUGAGAAAUGGCCGCUUGAUCACCGAUGGUUUAGCAUAAGGUUGAAGCUUCAGAAACACAUAAUCUCCAACCGGGAAUUCCCUUGGUGAUCUGUGUUAGGAAGUCUUUCCGAACAAUCUGUUCUUAUCUUCCUCAGACUUCAUUUUGCACUGAGCCCUGUAUAGUCGAACUUUCAGAUGUUCAGAGUAUAAAUGCCACUCAUGCAGCCAACUCUCUAAGUCAGUAUUGUCGGUAGCUUGAGGGCGAGGCAAUUCUCCCAGGUGUGGCUCAUGACGAUAAAGGGCUUUAAAAGGAGAACCACCCAAGGAGGAAUGAUGAGACGUAUUGUACCAGAAUUCUGCUAAGGGAAGCCAAUUAACCCAUUUAGUAGGUGUGUCAUUAACAGAGCAUCUGAGAUACAUUUCUAAACACUGAUUGACUCUCUCAGAUUGCCCAUCAGUUUGAGGAUGUCGAGCAGUAGACAUCUGAAGUUUGGAUCCCCACAAAGUAAACAAUUCUUUCCAAAAUUUGCUGGUGAACAAUGGAUCUCUGACUCUAUCAGAAGUGACUGUGUAAGGCAUACUAUGUAACUUGACAAUUCUGUAAGAAUAACUGAGCAACUGAAGCUGCGGUGUAUGGAUGUUUCAAUGGAAUAAAAUAUCUGUCCACCACCACCAGGAUGACAGAAUAACCACAAUAAUUAGGCAGACCUUCAAUAAAAUCCAUGGUCACAUCCUCCCAGGCACCUUGUGGAACAGGCAGCGGGUUAAGGAAACCUGGAUACUUGAAUUGUUCAUGUUUAGUCUGCUGACAGAUCUGACAUUCUGGACAAAAUUUGUGACCGCUUGGUUUAGGCCAGUCCAGUGAAACAACUUAACUCUCUGAUAAGUUGCCUGAUUUCUAGAAUGCCCCCCUAUAGGUCUAGCAUGAAAGGCCUCAACUGUUUUGGUUUGCAACCCUGAAUUAGCCCCAAUCCAAACCACCCCCCCUCCCCUGGUGUUUUAUCCAUUAUGCGGAGUAAAGUCUGGGACUCCAUCAGGAGUAAGAACUAACUUCUGCAGUAACUCAUGAGCUUCUUCCCUAAAAAAACUCAUGAGCUUCUAAAUCUACUGCAUAGGAGUUUACAACUUCCUGUAACCACAAAAGCAUGCCCAAUUCUUGAAAGUGCAUCUGCUGCCUUAUUGUCUACUCCCUUUUUGAACUGAAAUUUGAACUGUAGCCCAAUUAACUUAGUCAUGGCUUUUCUCUGCAAGUAUGAAGUAAGAAUUUGAUAUUCCAAAUUUCACCAAAUGUCCUCUAGAAACAUAUGGCCUCCAUCUAUCCACAGCCAUCAUAACUGCUAAAAACUCCUUUUCUUAAAUGGACAGUUUGCUAUUGCUAAUACCCAGAGCUUUACUAUAGUAUGCCAUUAGAUAACCUUGUUAACUGAGCACACCACUUGUACGAGAGUCACAUGCAUCUCUGUUUCAAUACAGAAGGGCUGUGUGAAAUCUGCUAGACGUAAAACAGGAGUGUUACUCAUAGCUUGCUUGAGCUGGUCAAAUGCCACUUGUGCUUCUGGAUACCAAUGCAAAGCCUUCUUUUGCAGAAGUGUAGUUAAUGGUUUGGCCAGAAUAUCAUAAUUUUUGACAAAGUUCAUAUAGUAUCCUGUCAAUCCCCAAAAUCCCCUUAAUUAUGUCGCAAUAGUGGGAACGGGCCACUGUAACAUAGCUUUUGUCUUCUCAGGCUCUGUGGCAACUCCCUUGUCAGAAAUGAUGUGACCUAGGUACUCCAGUUGUUGCUAAGGAAAUAAACACUUGCUCUGUUUUGAAAAUAACAGAUGUUUUCUGAGAAUAUAUCCAGACCUUGUUUCAGAUGCACAACAUGGGACUCCAAGUCUUUGCUAUGAACUAAUAUAUCAUCCAUGAAAACCAAUACACAAAUUUUCUGAUAUAGGGUGCAAACACAACAUUCAUGAUGCACUGAAAGGUAGCUGGGGCAGUUGUCAGCCCAAAGGGCAUAACUCUGAAUUGAAAUUUCCCAUGAUGAGUUUUAAAUGCAGUUUUAGCUUCACCUUCCUCCACCAUUCUAAUCUGGUGAGAGCCUGCCCUGAGGUCCAGCUUAGAAAAUCACUUGGUUCCAGCUAACUCAUCCACCACAGGCAUUGGGAAUUUGCUUUUAAUUGUCAGCAAGUUAAGUCUUCUAUAGUCCACACAGAAUCUCCAUGUCCCAUCUUUUUCUUGACUAAAAGCAUAGGUGAGGCAAAAGGGGCAUACUGGGUGUCACUAUGCCAGCAACAAUCAUUUCAGAGACUUGCUUCUCAAUUUCAUCCAUUUGCAAUGUGGAAUACCUGUAGGGUCUUGAAUUAAUUGAAGCAUUGUAAGGUAGUGAUGAGAGGCAUGAUCAUAAGUCCUAUGAGGUGGCAACUGUUGUGGAUUUUGAAACACAUCAGUGUAUUCAGUGAGGAGUCGCUGAAUACUUUCAGGUGUAGUUCGCACUGAUACUGCUGCCUCGGUAGUUAAUAUUCCUGUAGCCCAGACAUCAUUACCUUCCACACAUUUUUCAAAUUGUUCAACAAUGAAUUCUUGCAGUUGUGUGACUGGCUUAUCUUUCAUGCCUUGUAAAGUAACAGUGUGACCCUUGUCCUGAACUGUAUCCAUUUCUCCUCCCAGUGGCAUGUCAUAGGACCCCACUGUGCUAACCAAUCCAUGCCCAAGAUGACAUCAUAACCUCCCAGGGGUACAACUUCAUGUAUGUGGUAAAUGUACGAACCAUGAACCUCUUGUUCACAAGUCAUUGGCCACUUUAACUUUCAGAGGAAGAGGUAGUGUUUUGGUGUUACACUAAAUUCUGUCAGCUAGCUGCUGACCAGUGAAAGUGUGAGAACUACCAGAGUCCACUAAUAGCAACAUGACUUGAUUAGUUACCAUGGCUCUUAGUCUGACUGUCUUAGGGUUGUUUGUUCCAGAGAAUGCAUUGACAGACAAGAAUGCAGCAGCCUCAGCUACAGUUUCUGUCAGCUAGCUGCUGAUCAGUGAAAGUGUGAGAACUACCAGAGUCCACUAAUAGCAACAUGACUUCAUUAGCUACCAUGGCUCUUAGUCUGACCGUCUUAGGGUUGUUUGUUCCAGACAAUGCAUUGACAGACAAGAAUGCAGCAGCCUCAGCUACAGUUUCUUCCACUGCAAGAGCAUCCAGCAUUGCAUCCUCUAUAUACACCUGUUCCCCCCCUGUGGUUUCAAUAGCCUUCACUUGAGCCUCAUUUUUCGUGCAUACAUGUCCAGGAGCAUAUUUGUCUCACAGCUGUAACACACUUUGCUUUCCAGAGAUUCCCAGCAGCAAACUGAGUUCGCUGAACAAGUUCUUGUUGUGGUAUAUAACCCCCAUUUCUGCUAUAUCGUCCCUGCUGUCCUUUGUUUAAUUCCAGCACUGCCUCUUGUACUAGAGCAUAUACAGUUGCAGUAUGAACUGUAAGAGGCAAUGAAUUUCAACAGCUGCUCUUAUAUCAUCUUUCAAUCCAAGUACAAAUUGAGUAACCAAAAAUAUUUCACUGACAGACCCUUCAUACAGUUUGACUUGCUACACAAGCUGAUUGAAAUUACUCGGAUAUUCCUGAACAGUUCGAGUCUGUUUUAAAACCAACAGACCUCUCAUGCAAUCUCUAUGCACAUUGAGGUCAAAUUCCUGCAGCAUGGCCACAGAAAACUGACUCCAUGAUGAACGGUAAUCAGACAGUUUAUAUGACUGGUACCAGUGUGCAGCAUUUCCAUGUAAGUGCAGAGAUGCAGACAUGACUUUUAAGUUUUCAGGAGUUUGAUACAACAGGAAGUAAGCUUCAAUUAUCAAGUCAAAUUCGAAUUCCUUCCCCAUCAAACUGUGGAAAUUCCAUCUUAGGCAUCCAGGUGCGCUUGGAUCCAUGCUAGUCAGAGGAAGAAUUUUUUUGAGGUGUGUGUGAUACCUUUCCUGGAUCCACAGGAGGAGGCUGUCCAUGUUGCCCCCUGCGAACAUGAACCCUUGGCUGCGUCGCCGCUGUGGGCGACACUGCAUAACAACCCUUCGCUGCCAUCCGCUCCAGAUCCGCGUCCCGAACACUGGUGGAUUCCUUUAACACUCGCGCCACAUGAACCUGUUCCUGAUGGAUCUCUCCAAUAGAGCUCACAAAUAUGUUUACCUUGGACUGCACCUGAUCCAGCUGAGCGACUUAUUCCUCAAACUUGUUGUCCAACCCAUCCAGUCGCGCCUUGAUUUCCAAAAUUCCUUCCACUUGCUCCUGCAGUAGCUGCAGAGCCGCAAAUGCCUGCGUUACGUUCUCCUCGAAUGACCCCAUCACCUCUACCAGGUGUCGUGUCUGAGCACUUGGCUUGAACGACACCGUUGCAGCUUCCUCUGGAUUUCUCCAACGCCGAUCUUGGAUUUACAGCCAACCGCGUGAGCAAUCGACAACUGACCAGUCGAUGUUACGGAGAGAAUCUCGAGUAUGCGAAGCACAAGACGGACCUAUCUAGCUCUGAAUACCACUUGUCAUAUCCUUGCUGAGGAUUUCCUGCCCAGAUUUGGGAUCGAGAAGAGGAUACUUGGGGAAGAAGAAGAAGAAACCAGAGAAAUAGUAGGUAGGAGGAGAGAAAAUAUGAGCUAUUUCAUUUAGUCGCUGCCAAUUCCAGCCAACGGUCGUGCUUAUAUAUAGCUAAUACAUUUUCACACACUCAGCCCCCAAAUGAACAUGACACUCGCAGAUGGCCCACUAGUUAUAUAAAUAUUACCGAAAAAAGCUUUCGCCCUGCUUUAUAAAUAAAGCAACCACCAGAAGCACAAGGUCCAACAAAUGUUCACACCGCACAUGCACGCCAAAGUAGCAGACAACAAAGAAAGUACAACAGAGGGUUCUGCUGAGGGCACAGCUCAACAAGCGCUAAAGAGAAAAUAAAAGGCGGCAACACAUUUCCCUUGGCGCUGCUCUCGACCGCCUUCAGCUUCCUCAUCCCUGGUUCUGCAGCCCUCAGGGCGACAGUACUGACAACCAUAAUUGGAAGGGUAUAAUCAAAUUGUUAUAUAUGCUCCCAUGAAAAGCAAGAGACGUGGAAAAUUGGUAGUUUUGAUCACCUUGCAGGUUGUUUUGUUAAGGUGGAAAAAUUGUAUCGGGUUCCUACCUGCACGCCUUGUCGAAUGCUAAACAGAAUCAUGUGCAUGGAUUAGUUUCCGCAAAAUAACUCUACGUGUAUGGAUUGGUAGUUUGGACCAAUAUGGAACUGUGGCCAUGAUAUUGUCUUGAGAAUUAGGCAAAUAGUUAAUCCAUUAUGUGUUGAAUGUAGUGCAGCUGUAGCUCUUUUAUUCUCAUAUAGAAGUUCACCCAGAUGAUCGUCAAAAUUACUAUGAAAUUCAAUUUUUCUGUGAAGAGACUUAUCUUUUUCACUAUCUAUUCCUGACCUGUCAAAAUAUUCUAUGUACUUCCAUAAAAUGGUUCGCAAGGUAUCAGAAUGAAAGUGAAGGGACUAAUUAGUGAAGUUGUAACUAACCACUAGAUUUUACUUAUUUCACAUUCUCUCUCUUUGCAUACAGAUGGCUAUGGGGCUCAUUUUUUCUAAAUUUGUUGGUUCCUGUGGUUAUGCCUCAAGGAUAUUAAUUUCUGAUGGCUGAAGUGUUUUGUUUGACAGAGAAUGUGCUUCAGUAUUAGGACUAAUCUAGGAUCUCUCAUGCCCGGGCUUGCCGACUACAUGAUGUCUUAUGUUAGAUGAUUAAUACGGUGAUUUUUAUGAAAAAACUAGCAUCUUACGCACCUUAAUUUGUGUUCUUCCUCGGCUUUCGAGAAGUUUCUGGGAAUUGCAAUGGACCAAAUUGUUGCCCAAGGCCUGGAUUCGAAACAUGUAGCUGUAAUGCUAAUCAAUCAUACCCAUUGCUUAUCAGUCGUAAUCAAUUCCUGCUUUUUAAACUUUCUCUUUUUUGGAAAAAGUGGAAGCAUUAUCGGCCAACUGAAAAGAGUAUGUUAUAAGUACAAUGAAAUCUGGGAAAAGAACUAUGAUGGGAGACGACGACACAGCCGCCGCUCUUUCCCCCUUCCCAAACCCUAGAGUUCGAGGCACUGAUCCCCAAGCCAAGGAUUUGAUGCCGCCAGGAGGAGGAGGUGAGCAUGGCUGCACGGAGCAGGACCACCCAUUGGCGACCGGUCGCCGUGACGAAGGCGCUCCGUCCCAUCCUAUGCCGCCGCCUCCCCUCAUUGUUCCCGUAGCUUCUGAGAAGAAGAAGAAGAAGCACAAGCAGGGGCAGGAGCACGAGAAACACCCUGCUGGGAGCCUUCCUGAGGGCCCCCUUGUCGAGAUUCUGUCCCGGGUGCCUUACAAGUCAUUCUGCCGCUUCAAGUGCGUGUCCAAGCCGUGGCUUGCCCUCUGCUCCGACCCCGACAUCCGCAAGAGGUCACCCCAGACCAUGGCAGGUUUCUUCCUCCGCAACUAUGGCAUGCGCCCCUGUUUCAUUAACUUGUCCGGAAGAGGCCAACCCCUGGUCGACCCUUUUCUCUCUUUCUUGCGCGAGAGCUUUAAACUUCUCAUCCCCCAGCAUUGCUGCGGUGGCCUUGUUCUCUGCAAAUACUGGGAAUCAUAUUGUUUUGAGGAAGAUGAGUACAAUCUUGUCGUGUGCAAUCCUGCGACCAAGAAGUGGGCCGAGCUGCCUCCUAAUCCUAUACAAUUGCAAGACGAAGACGAAGAAGAAGUCGAAGAAUAUUUGUGUUUCGAUCCAGCCGUCCCCUCCCGUUUCAUGGUAUUCACACACACUUGGGAUUUCACAGAAGUGACAAUCUACUCAUCAGACACUGGACGAUGGACUACGGUGGAGAGUGGUUGGAUUGAUAAGACUCCUAUUGGUCUUCCUGUCUUCCUGAAUGGUACUUUGCAUUUGAUGACCACUGAAUAUUCAAUAGUCACAGUAGACACAGAGGGGAAGGUUUGGGGGCAAAUUGAUAUUCCAGGCAACAUGCGAGACAGCUCUGAUUAUCCGUUCAUUGGACAGUCUCAGGGACGAUUGUAUGCUUGGUGUAUAAAUGAUAAUGUUGAUGUUUGCCAACUUUUAGUUUGGGCUCUUGAGGAUUAUGGUGGUGCAAAGUGGGCCUUGAAGGAUACUGUUAACAUUUCAGAACUGUUUGGAAGGGAUCGUUACAAAUAUGUGGAGCCCUUAGCAAUUCAUCCAGAUUGUGAUUUGAUUUUCCUUACCGACCGGAGGGGGAAGGCUAUCUCAUAUGAUAUGGACAGCAAGAAAGUGCAUGUUAUCGGCACUCACGAAACAUUCUAUGGUGCUAUACCUUAUGUUCCAUGUUUUGCGGAAUGGCCGUCAGAUGGUCACUGACCUUGGUGGAACUAUAUAUUGUCUUCAUAGAAUUCAGCCAUGGAGAAUAUGCAACACCUAGCAACAGCUUCCAGUGGCUAAUGCUUAGUUGUAUGAAUGAGUCUAGGUAUUUGAUAUAUCGGCUGCCUCUAGUGCUAAUCAUUAUGGUCACCUGUUAGCUCUUGGUAUGGGGUAACUGUGAGGGUAUAUUAUCUAUUUUUGAAAUUGGUUGGAUUUUCACCUCUUUAUUUUCCGUUUAAGAUUGGAGAUGCUUAUCUCUUGUUGCAACUUGCAAGUACAUUUAUCUUUUAUGGACAACUUGUUAUCCAUCAGUUCUGAAUAUUGAUAUCGCCUUGUUCUUAUGCACAUGUUAAAGACUGGAGAUGCCUGUCUCUUGUACGUUUAUUGUUCUUCCAUUUUAUUUCACUUCAUUGGGGGAAGAGGAUUUUUCGAGGGGAGGAGAAUAAUGUUAAGAGUUAUAAUAUAAGUCAUCUAUACCCCUUUGUAUUUAUCCCGUAGUAUAAGGGGUUUCCUGCAUAUGUACCACACUUGUACAUGUAUAUAUAUAUCGGCAUAUGGCCUCAUGGGAAUACAAGUUGCUUAUUCCUAAUA